GCCAUUGAACGUCAGAAGGGAGAAAGAGAGAGAUGGUUCGGUCGUAUCUGCGGCACGAGCCGACACAGGCGUACGGCGUCAUUGUGUCGCCCAGCUCGCGCUCGCUGCUGCAGCGCGACGGCAAGACGGCCGUCGUGGGUGCGCUCGAGGACGUGCUGGUGUGGGACGUCAAGACGGGCGUGCAGCUCGGCAUGUGGCACGAGGUGGGCCACCGGGCGAGCGUGACGUGCCUCGCCAAGGCGCCCUCGUCACCAGGCAGAGCAGGCGGGGAUGACGAAUACCAGGAGCAGGAGAAGGACGACGAGGAAGUGUAUGCAGUCGGCUACGCAGACGGCUCGAUUCGCAUCUGGGACGCAGCGACGGCGACGGCCAAGCUGACGCUCAACGGCCACAAGAGCGCCGUGACGAGCCUCUGCUUUGAUGCCACGGGACUCCGCCUCGCCUCGGCUGGCCAGGACACCGACGUGAUUCUGUGGGACCUCGUCGCCGACUCGGGCCUCUUUCGGCUCCGGGGCCACCGCGCAGCUGUGACGGAGGUGUGCUUCCUCGAUGUGCCUUCGCCUUCGUUGGACGACCAGGCGGCAGCUGCGUCGUCCUCGGCAGCAGCAGCAGCAGCCACUUUUAAUGACACAAACCCGGGCCAGUUCCUGCUCACCACGGCCAAGGACGGCCUCAUGAAGCUCUGGGACCUGUCGCUGCAGCACUGCAUCGACACCGUCGUCCACGGCAAGGGCGAGGUGCUCAGUCUGACCGUCGCCCAGCACCCGUCGCUGCUCAACGGUACCGACGACGUGGCCGCCCUCGUCCUGACCGGCAGCUCCGAGGGCGAGGUGAAGCUGUGGGAGGUGACGCGCGCCGCCCUGACGCGGGGCCUCGAGCAUGUGCACGAGCAGGCCCAGGCCCAGGCACGGGCACAGACACAGGCGAAUGGGAACGGGAAUGGGAACGUCAAUGGGAAAGGGAAGGACAACGAGCAGGACAGCGAGGUGGAGCCCAGCCGCUUGAUCCGCAGCUGCGGCUCCCUCGGCCUGCAGGUGCAGAAGCGCGUCACGCAGAUGCACUUUGAUCCCAGCAGGCGGUACCUGGCCGUGGCGAGCAGCGACCGCGGCGUCGAGGUGUUUCGUAUCAGGAGCCAGGAGGACAUGAAGAAGAAGAUGGCCCGGCGGCUGAAGCGCGCAAAGGAAAAAGCCGGCGGUGCUUCAGAGGAGGCAGUACAGGCAGCAGCAGCAUCAGCAGCAGCCGCGGCCAAGGUCACUUGGCCCGACCGGCUGGAGCGGUACACGACGGUGCGGCCGUCGCAGGGCCGUGUCAAGAGCUUCUCCUUUGCCUCGGCCAGCAGCAGCAGCAGCAGCAGCAGCAGCAAGGACACCGCGUCGAUGCUGCUCACGCUCAGCACCAACGCCCUCGAGGUCGUCGCCAUCCCCGACGCGAGCACUGUGGCGAAGAAGAACGCAGUCGAGGCACAGCUCAGCUGCGGCCUUGACUUGCCCGGCCACCGAUCGGAGCCGAGAGCACUGGCGCUGUCGUCAGACGACAGCAUGCUCGCCUCGGCCGACAGCCUGGGCACACUCAAGGUCUGGAACGUCGCCACGGGCCGCUGCGUGCGCACUCUCGACUGCGGCUAUGCCCUGACGCUGGCAUGGCUGCCCGAUGACCACCACGUCGUCGUUGGCUGCAAGGACGGCACCCUGAGGACGUAUGACGUGCGUGCGGGCCAGGCCCUCGAGACAAUUGCCGCGCAUACAGGGCCCGUCUGGAGCCUGGCCAUCCACCCCGAUGGGCAGUCGGCCGUGACAGCGAGCGGCGACAAGGACGUCAAGUUCUGGGAGUUUGAUCUCCAGGGGCGUGGUAAUGCUGGCGGCGCUGAGGAGGAUGAGGAAGAGGAAGAGGAAGAAAGAGAAAAAGAAGGCAGACGACCGGCAUCCAUGACAAUGACACACGUCCGCACACUCAAGAUGACCGACGAGGUCCUCUGCGCGCGCUUCUCGCCCGACGCCCGCCUGCUCGCCCUCUCGCUCCUCGACUCGACCGUGAAAGUCUUCUACGCCGACUCGCUCAAGUUCUUCCUCUCUCUUUACGGCCACAAGCUGCCCGUGCUCUCGAUGGACAUCUCGGGCGACAGCAAGCUCAUCGUCACCGUCAGCGGCGACAAGAACGCCAAGAUCUGGGGGCUCGACUAUGGCGACUGCCACCGCUCCCUCUUUGCCCACGACGAGGCCAUUGUCGCGUGUGCGUUUGAGCGCGGCGACCAGGGCGGCGGCCUCAUGGGCGGCAAGGAGGGCAAGUCGCACCGCUUCUGGACCUGUGCCCGCGACGGCCGGCUCCGCUACUGGGACGGCGACCGCUUUGAGCUCGUGCAGACGAUGGAGGGCCACCACGGCGAGGUGUGGGCGCUGGCCACGGGCCACAAGGGCCAGCUCGUCGCCAGCGCAGGCAACGACCGCUCGAUUCGCGUGUGGGAAAAGACCGAGGAGCCGCUGUUCCUCGAGGAGGAGCGCGAGCGCGAGCUGGAGCGCAUGUUUGAGGCACAGGCGUCUGGUGGCGGACGCGACAACGACGACGACCGACGGGCCAUUGGCAGUCUCGCCCAGGGCAACGAAGACGGUCUUACAGCAGCAGGUGGCGAUGAGGCGCAGCAGGAGGCCACGGCCGUGUCCAAGUCGACGGGCGAGACGCUCAUGGCUGGCGAGCGCCUCAUCGAGGCUCUCGACAUUGCCCAGGCCGACAUCGAGGCGCAGCAGGCCUGGCAGGCGGCAGGCACGACGGCCAUCACGCCCAUGUCGGCUGCGCCCACCCGCCACCCGGUCCUCGCCAGCGCCUUUGGGCCCGACGAGGAGGUGGAUGCGCAUACAUUUGUGCUCAAGACGGUGCAGCGCAUCGCGCCCGCGCACCUCGACGAUGCGCUGCUGGUGCUGCCGCUGCACGACGUUGUGCGCCUCCUCGACCACGUCGAUGUGUGGGUGCAGCGCGGCGACGCACGCACCGUUCACCUCGUCGCCCGCCUCGUCUUCUUCCUCCUGCGCACGCACCACAACCACAUUGUGGCCAACCGGUCGAUGCGCGUGCGCAUCGUCAGCCUCAAGACCCAUCUCCGCGGCGCCCUGGCGCGCCAGAAGCAGACGAUUGGCUACAACCUCGCGGGGCUGCGCUUCAUCAAGGCCCAGCACACGGCACAGCGCACCUCGCAGCUCCUCGAGCAGGACAUUGACCUUGACGACGCCGCCAUCCAGCAGCGCCUCGAGCAGGAGCAGGGCCAGCCGCGGAAGCGCAAGCUCGUCGUCUGAUCUAUCAUCAUUGAUUGCUGCUGCUACUCUACUCUACUACUCUACAAAUUGCUCUCUCAAUUGUCAUUUGCUAGUACCAUCAUUGC